CAUAUGAAUUAUUGACAUUUGAUAUGACAGUAGGUAGGCUUUCUGUUUUUGAGGUUAUGUUUAAUGUUAUGGUUAAAUCGAAAAUUGAUUAACAAAUUAGAUAAUAUAAAUUAAAUACUUCAUCAGCUAUUCAAUACAAUGUUGUCAAGAAAAUUAGCUUUAUCAACCCUAACGACAAGAAUACCAUUGUUAAAGAAGUAUUCCGCUGUGGUCCAAAACGCUCCGCAAGCUGUGCCAGAAAGUAACAACAAGACAGUCAAUUCUCCACUUGAUCAUCCAGAUUACUUUCAUGUUCAUGACUUGUUUACAGUCAAAGACCUAUUUGAAGCUCGGAUCCAUUAUGGCCACAAAGAGGGAUCCUUGAAUGACUACAUGAGACCUUACCUUUAUGGCUCUAGGUUGGGUCAUUUGAUAUUUGACUUAGAUAUAACAGCUGAGCAUCUACGAAGGGCACUGAACUUCACAGCCCACAUAGCAUACAGGGGUGGAAUUAUUUUAUUCUUCAAUAGAAAUGCACAGAAUGCUCAUAUUGUAGAGAAGACUGCUCAAGAAGCCGGUGAAUACGCCCACACUAGGUUCUGGAGAGGCGGUAUCUUCACCAAUGCCAAUUAUCAGUUUGGGGCUAUCACAAGGUUGCCUGACCUUUGUAUCUUCUUGAACACUCAGAACAAUAUUCUGAAUCAGCACACAGCUGUUAGAGACAGUGCUAAAAUGUUAAUACCUACCAUCGGUAUUGUUGAUUCAAACUGUAACCCAAAUCUGAUAACAUACCCGGUGCCUGGCAAUGAUGACUCACCAGCAGCCAUCAGCCUCUACUGCCGACUGUUCAAACAAGCCAUAUUGAGAGGUAAGGAGGAAAGGAUGAAGUUUUUACAAGAAACUGAAUGAUUAUUUGAUAGGUUAUAAGAUAGUGGUAUUUGUUUAGAAUAAAUCAUAAGUAUUUA